UCAUCUAAUCUCAACGGUAUAGCAAAAACAGUCUCACAACAAGACCUGUUCGAUCUAGGGUUUCUCUACGCCCAGAACCCUAUUUAUAAACAUUCUCUAGAGUAACAUAUCCUUUGGUCUCGCCUCCUCUCGAACACUCACCAAAAGCGAGAAGCCUAAGCAGGAGAAAAUGGUGCAGCGACUCACAUACCGUAAAAGGCACAGCUACGCCACCAAAUCUAACCAGCAUCGCAUUGUCAAGACCCCUGGUGGGAAAUUGGUGUAUCAGACCACCAAAAAGAGAGCUAGUGGUCCUAAAUGUCCUGUCACUGGCAAGAGAAUUCAAGGAAUUCCUCACUUGAGACCUUCUGAGUACAAGAGAUCCAGAUUGUCUAGAAACCGUCGCACUGUCAAUCGUGCCUAUGGUGGUGUAUUGUCUGGAGGUGCUGUUAGGGAGAGGAUUAUCCGAGCUUUUCUGGUGGAAGAGCAAAAGAUUGUGAAAAAGGUCUUGAAGAUUCAGAAGGCAAAGGAGAAGCAAUCUACAAGGAGCUAAACUGAGAGAGGAUGAGAGAUCAAACUUUUAUGAGAUAGAAGAUGUGCUAGGGAGAAAUUUUGGUAUGAUUGAUGAAAAUGAGACGUGGACCUGAAUUUGGAGACUAUCAAUUUUAGCUUGUUUGAUGCUCAAUUAUUUACUUACAUUUUGGUUCACUUUGACAAGAGAUCUUCGCCUGUUGUUUUAUUUGGUAAUCUGUGCUUUGGAUCACUUAAGAGUA